ACAUCACUGACCUGCAUGAAGUCAUGGUGCCGGGAGAUUGGUGUGUUCCAGGCCGGCCCCUUUAUAAAGGCCUGCCCACUGCAGAUCUGCAGCAGACUGAUCUCACACACUCUUCCACUCACACACACUCUACCAGCUGCUCUACCAGCUGCUGUACCAGCCGGUCUACCAGCCACUGUCCCAGCCGGUCUACCAGCUGCUGUACCAGUCACUCUACCAGCUGCUCCAUCAGCUGCUUUACCAACUGCUCUACUAGAAGCUUUACCAGCUGCUCUACUAGAAGCUCUAUCAGCCACUCUACCAGGUGAUCUACCAGUUGCUCUACCAGCUAAUCUACCAGCCACUAUACCAGUCGCCAUGUCCUCCUGCAACUCCUCUACUCUGCCCACAAGGCAGAACACGCUCCCACGGCAGGUGUGUCCCGCCAUGGCCGGGCAGGUGUUCGACACGGCGCGCCGCAAGAAGGCCAGCGCCAACAUCUUCGCCGACGUGAAGCAGGACGUCCUGCUGAAGCUGUUCCGGAGGGCGGGGGACAUGCGAGCAGUCGAACGUGCCAACAGCAUCGUCACCUACGCCAACGACCCGGAGCGCAUCAGCCGGGCACUGAAGGCCCUGCAGCAGCAGGACAAGAAGGACAGGUUCACGCUCAUAAACGGGCUGAAGAGGUCCUCAAUCAGACUGCACUGAACUACAGGACACGACAGGACACAACGGGACACAGAGAGACAAGCGGGACCAUCAACAAAGACGGGGACAAGGUGUCCUACCAUAGCUGGACUCGGGUCUACACAGCUGGACUCAGCUGAGCUCCAGCACCUGCUACAGCCUGGGGUCGAGAUCAUGAUGAAGAAGAUAAUUCCGUUAAAAUUGACGAUGAAGAAGAACUGGUCUGAGAACUUCUGGGAGGUCCAACCCCACAAAGUCUAGACUAACUGUCCAGUUGUUUUGGUGAGUGUGUUGGAAAAGAGUGUGCUGAUUUAAAGACGCUGUAAAUCCAAAGAGUGUUGGAAAUUAUGAGAACUAGAAACGCGAAAAGCUAAAGAAAGCUGGGACAUAGAAAUGCUGUGGAAAGCAACAAUGAAAAAUGUGAGUGUUACACACUGUUAAAAAAGUUGGGAGAAAGCUGGGAAAUUGAAAACAUUAGCAUUGAUGGACAAUGAAGAACUGAAUGAAAAAGUAGAAUGUUGAAAGUUGGUAAAGGAAUUGUGAAAAUUAGUGAAAAAGAUGGACAUUGUAGGAGUUUGAACAACUGAAAAGUUAAAAGCUAAAGAAAAUUGAGCUCUUAAAAGUUGACAGACAAUGAAAAAUGUUUAGGACAUCUGCGAAUUGAAAGCUGGGAAAUUAAAUAGAUGAGCAUUGAUGGACUGUAAAAUAAGUAAAAGUUGAGUGUUGAUGGAAUAGGCUUAUACUAAAAGUAGGAAUGCUUUGACUUAAACCAAAACCGUAAAAUUAACAAAAUGAAACAUUUUUGUAGGUUUUUAAAAUUUGCCACUUUUUUACAGAAAAAGUAUUUGUUCAGUACUAAUUAUUUAGCCAAUUUUUUUCCCAUUUUUGGGUCAGUAAUUAAUUUAGCUGAAUAUUUGAUGCAUCUCUAGCUGCAAAGGUUGAUGUAGAAUGGAAAGUUGAAUGGAGUAUGAGAGUUCUCCAUCUACACUCUGGUUCUAGACGCAGUUUAAUGCAGAUGUAGAUGUUUGAAACUCGUUCACAAUUUCUGACGUUCAGAAUGCCUAUGAUAAAGUGAACUCUGAGUGAGCUGUGGAGUGAAGAUGAGAACGAAGAUGAUCUAGAAGUUUUAAAUAAGGUAUCAGAACAGUAGAUGUCUGAACAUUUCUGAGAUCUCAGGAACUGAUGCUUUGACGUUAAUGUCUGCUAACACUGGAACGGUCACUGGUGUUGUCCAGGCUUGUUAUAUGUACAAAUACUUUUGCCACUUUUAUAUGUAAAUAAAAUAUUUUGUAUGAA